UCGAACCAAUAGUAAUUGAAAUAGAGCCAAAUCUCAUUGAAUAUCCCACAGUUUGGGGGAGAAAGCAGAGUGAGAGUGAGAUGGCACGGUCGUUACUGCUCCUCCUGUUCUUCGCCGCCGCCGCCGCCGCAGGGUCGAGCUUCGACGAUUCCAAUCCAAUCCGGCAGGUAACGGACGGGCUCCUCGAUUUGGAAGCACAGGUCCUCCAGGUGAUCGGGCAAAGCCGCCAUGCUCUCUCCUUCGCUCGCUUCGCUCACAAGUACGGCAAGCGCUACAAGACGGUGGAGGAGAUGAAGCACCGAUUCCAGAUCUUCUCCGAUAAUCUCAAACUCAUUAGAUCCACCAACAAGAAGCGUCUCACCUACACUCUUGGUGUUAAUCAUUUUGCUGAUUGGACUUGGGAGGAGUUCAGAACACACAGACUCGGCGCUGCUCAAAAUUGCUCUGCCACUCUUAAGGGAAACCACAAGCUUAUCGAUGCUGUUCUUCCCGAUGAAAAAGACUGGAGAAAAGAAGGUAUAGUCGGCCCAGUUAAAGAUCAAGGCCAGUGCGGAUCUUGCUGGACAUUCAGCACAACUGGAGCAUUGGAGGCAGCCUAUGCGCAGGCUUUUGGAAAAAAUAUCUCUCUUUCUGAGCAACAGCUAGUAGAUUGUGCUGGUGCUUUCAAUAACUUUGGCUGUAAUGGUGGGUUGCCGUCCCAAGCCUUUGAAUAUAUUAAAUACAAUGGUGGCCUUGAGACAGAGGAAGCAUAUCCCUACACUGAAGAAGAUGGUGUCUGCAAAUUUACAGCUGAAAACGUUGCUGUUCGAGUCCUUGACUCUGUCAACAUCACCUUGGGUGCUGAGGAUGAAUUGAAACAUGCAGUUGCUUUUGUUCGGCCAGUUAGUGUGGCAUUUGAAGUGGUGAAAGAAUUUCGAUUAUACAAGAAAGGAGUGUACACUAGUAACACUUGUGGCAGCACGCCCAUGGAUGUGAAUCAUGCUGUUCUUGCUGUUGGUUAUGGAAUUGAAGAUGGUGUUCCAUAUUGGCUCAUUAAAAAUUCAUGGGGAAGUAACUGGGGUGACAACGGCUACUUCAAGAUGGAAUUGGGGAAGAACAUGUGUGUUGCAACUUGCGCAUCUUAUCCAAUUGUAGCUUAAAUUUUAUGAGGAGAGAUGUGCUGCCCAAUAAGCUACACUGGCGACCUCCACCUUGCAAGCCAUGCUUCAUAGUUGUCUAUCUCAAAGGUGAAAUUUCGUAAUAUGAUGAUAAUCAGUAGUCGAUGUUGAUGUUUAUUUGUAAAAUAAGUUUGGAGUUGGGAUGCCCUUUGUUAUUGAUGCUGUAAACCACAUUAAAAAAUCAUACUGUAAAUUGUAUAUCACAUAGAGACAUAAUAAUCUGUAUUAUAGCAUGCUGUGUGCAACCUGGGAACAUAAAGUUAUAAACUGUCCCAAUAAAACAAACUUUGCUUGAUUGUAUUUA